GACAACGACAACGACAAUCCCCUCUCUACUAACCUCGACAAACCGGAUCGUGCAGCCGUAUCGUCAAUCAUGGCUCCGCGCUCCUACUCCAAGACCUACAAGGUCCCUCGUCGUCCAUACGAGUCGGCACGUCUUGACUCCGAAUUGGAAAUUAUUGGCAAAUAUGGCCUCCGCAACAAGCGCGAAGUCUGGCGUGUUCAGCUUACCUUGUCCAAGAUUCGACGUGCUGCUCGUGAGCUCCUCACUCUUGACGAGAAAGAUCCUAAGCGCCUGUUCGAGGGUAACGCCUUGAUUCGCCGUCUUGUCCGUGUUGGUGUGCUCGACGAGUCCCGCAUGAAGCUCGAUUACGUCUUGGCUCUCAAGGUCGAGGAUUUCUUGGAGCGCCGUCUCCAGACCCAGGUGUACCAGCUCGGUUUGGCAAAGUCUAUCCAUCACGCUCGUGUCCUCAUCAAGCAGCGCCACAUCCGUGUUGGAAAGCAAAUUGUCAAUGUCCCUUCUUUUGUCGUCCGUCUCGACUCUCAGAAGCACAUUGAUUUUGCUCUUACCUCGCCGUUCGGUGGCGGACGCCAUGGCCGUGUCCGCAGAAAGAAGAACAAGGCUGGUGAGAAGGGAGAUGAAGAAGAGGAGGAAGAGGACGAGGAGUAGAUGUGUGCGCGAAGUUGAUUAUGAAAGGGAGGAGCUUUUUGCUAUCUGGCAUACCCUGAUGUAUGAUCUUAGACGAGUUGCAAAAUUAUUUGACGGCAAUACAAAAAAGCUAGCCUUUCAACCAUUUAACGUGAAAUAUGAAUUCAAUGACUCCUGAUUUAAUAAAUUUAGCAGUUGCUCUGCUCAAAUUAACAGCCCAUAACGCCAUUCAAACUUUGUGAGAAUAACCACCCAAAAAUAAAAUAAAUUCUGCUUCACACUUAUCCCUCAACUCCCACUAAAUCUUUCAAGCCCUUCUCCGCGCCUCUAUACCACCUUCCCAUUUCUUCCAGCCCAUCACUCUCACCUUCCUGCUUCUUUCUCUGAGCUUCCUUAGCCUGUGCCACACUCUCAAUCUUCUUCUUUUCCAGUCUCGCCAAUUCUCUCUCCAUCGCGUCAGCUUCCCUUGUACUCCGUGGCAGUGACGAGUUGACCGAGGCCAGUUGACGGUCUAGGGCAGCUAAUUCCACUUCCCGCUCCGCAAUGAGUUCAAGAGUGGCUGGUAACGAUAGUGUCUGAGAAGAAGACAGAGCAGAGCCAGACUGGUACGCGUGUGGGCCAUGGGAUGCCGCUUCGCGUAGCGUAGAUAUCGUGGUUUCGAGGGCUUCUAUUGAGGCGGGGA